AUGGUUCGACCACAGAUUCCCGCCACGGUGCAGGCGCCUUUUCCGCUGGUGAUCCGCAACACCAGCGUUGUCGCCGGGUUUGGCCGCGGCUCGGCCAAGAUGGGCAUCCCCACGGCCAACGUGCCCGUGGACGACGAGCCGGAGCUGCAGAAGCUGGACACAGGGGUCUAUUUCGGGUUUGUGCGGCUGCUGAGGCCGGAACAGGCGCCGGAGACGAAGAGGGUGUCUCGCUCAGACGGAAAGAGCGAGGUCGAGUUCACGUACGGCGCCAAUUUGGCAGACAGCGACUUCGAGGUGCUGCCGAUGGUGAUGUCGCUGGGCUGGAACCCGUUCUUCAAAAACAGCAAGAAGGCGUGCGAGCUGCACAUUCUGCACGAGUUCAGGUCGACUUUCUACGGGUGCAGGCUGAACUUCAACAUCCUGGGGUACGUGAGGCCCGAGCUGGACUACAAUCACAUUCUACAUGAGUUUCAGCUUGUCGUUCCUGCCCAUGAGCGUGGCAACGGCGACCGUCAGCAUCUUGCUGAACCAGAACGCGUUCAGAAUGUCCAGGACGAAAUUCGUCGAGAGAAUGAUGACGGCCGUCGACAGCACAAACCGCGGGUCGUCCCGCGUGGCGUACAGGUCCAGCGCCAGCCUGUAGAUCUGGUACCAGCCCCAGCAGAUUCUUGCUCCGAAAAAAGUCAAGAUCAGCACGACGUUGUUGGCCAGCGCGAGCCACUGGGGCACGAGCUUGGGGAACUUGAGCGCGACCCAGCGCAGGUUCAAAAACGGCGUCGAAACCUCAAAUAG